AUGGCUGGCUCCCGUUCUUCCAGUGAGCGCACUGGCUCAAUGCACUCGCAAGAGAGCCCCAAGAUAUUGCGAACCAAGGCCGACCCCAAUUUGGCCCUCCACGAGGCUCAACCCAGUAUGAAUCCUGUGGCAGACCGCAACGUCUUUUCUCUUCGAAGUAUUCAACAUAAAGACCGCAGCGGUCAGAUCAUUAGUGACCCCGAUCUUUCAAAUCCCACACGGGCCCGUCUUGAGCGACCCCUUGAUACCAUCCGAUCUUUCCAAGCCGCUAUCGACGCCGAACGGAAGCAAAAUCGGAUGUGA